UUCAUCAUUCCAACUAAAAUACCAGUAAAAGCUUAAAGCGCGCGCGCUCUCUCUCUCUCUCUCUCUCUCUCUCUGUAAAUCUUUGUACUCUUCUAACCCUAACGCUAGUUGAGAAUAUUGUGAUAAUCCAAUGGCAACAGAAGAACCGGUUGUGGCGGUUGAGCCGAAAGCGAAGAAAGCGUCGAAGCCUAGGAACCCUCCGCUGCAUCCUCCCUACGUAGAGAUGGUGACCGACGCGAUUGCGACGUUGAAGGAUAAGAGCGGAUCGAGCCAGUACGCGAUCACGAAGUUCAUCGAGGAGAAGCAGAAGCAGCUCCCGCCGAAUUUCAAGAAGCUGUUGCUGUUCCAUUUGAAGAAGCUGGUGGCGUCCGGUAAGAUCGUGAAGGUCAAGGCGUCGUUCAAGCUCCCGUCAGUUGAGAAACCUAAGACGGCGACGGCGACGGCGACUGAGGUUAAGAAAGUUCCAGCGAAGGCGAAAGCUGUGGCGGCAGCGAAGCCUAAGUCAGUUACGAAAGCCAAGCCGGCUGCGAAGGCGAAGGUAGCCGCGAAGCCAAAAGCCGUGGCGAAGCCCAAGCCGAAAGCGAAGGAGAAGCCGGCUAAAGUUGUGAGGACGUCGCCGGGGAAGAAAGCUGCGGUUUCUAAGCCGGCUCCGAAGAAAGCGGCAGUUAAGAAGGUUCCGGCUAAGAGCGUGAAGCCGAAGACGGUGAAGUCGCCAGGGAAGAAAGCAGGGGUAAAAAAGGGAAAGAAGAAGGCAAUGAAACUCAUGUUUGAUUGUUCCAUCAGCCAAAAUGUGUUCGGCAGAGUAGUAUUUAUUCUCUUGGUCCUUGAAGAAUCAGUUGCUGCUGCUCCUUCUUCCAAAUCUCCAACAAGGUUCAAUGUGGGAUCUGGGGAGCUCAAUUGCAGUUGGAUACCGUGUCUGGUAUUUUUCAUCUAGGUAUGUGUUGUAUCACUUGUCCACUAAUUUGUUUUGCAGUUCCAGUAUCUCCUUCAUUGUUUCGCUGUUUCUACGCUGGACACUAUGGUAAAUUGCUGCUAGCUUGUGGAAUGUGUUGUUUUUGCCGCUUAAGACCAGUAUUGAAAUUGCUGUUAAUAAACCUGUCUGGGGUUGCCUUGGCAAGUUAGUUUGCUUGUUGGGUCUGAAUAUUUCUUGGAGCAUAAGUUCAUCUAGUACUGUCCCAUAUGAAGUAAAAGAACAAGUUAUUCCAAUUUUUUCUUAUAUGUACUCGUUAGGAAUUUCUCAGGUUAUCAAGUCCAGUGAUCUUGAUCUUAAGACUGGAAUGCAUUAGCUAGUUUACAUAGUACUUGCUAAUAGAAAUUAAGUGAAAAGUUCUGGACCUUCACUUCUGUUAGGAAUUUAACAAGCAAAUGUUAAAGAGUAUAAGUUUUGAGAAUUUUAUCGGCUGUUGCAAAAUUUGGUUUCAGGAAUUGACCUAAUUUUAUCAGUAAUCCGUCACUUGAUCUUCAAAUUUUUUCUUCUCAUCCCGAAUACAAAAGCUUGUAAAUUGGUAUUGCAAGAUGUCUAAGAAACACUCGUGACCAUUUGCAGGUAGCUGACCUACUGUGAGGCACGGAUGUAGUGGUGGGUUCUAGGAACUGUGAUGGGUAUUGUGAAGCCAAGACCAGAACUUGCUCGCUAUCCCAUGGUUGUGAGAGAGAGAGAGAGAGAGAGAGAGAGA